AAAACUGAAUCGAAAAUAAAAGUGGAGGACGUGGGCAACAAAAUGCGUGCUCUCAGGCAUGCCCAGGGUCUAAGCCAGUUGCUGCUGCUGCUGAUGUGCCUGGCCAGGAUUGGGGCGCAUGUGCCCAGCUACUCGGAAUAUGAUGCGCCCACUCGCUAUGACAACCGACGGGGGCAGCAGGAGGGGCAUCGCUAUGCUGGCGGUGGCAACAGGCAACAUGCUGCCCCACAGACACUCUACCAGCGUCCGGGCACCGUGAACUUUGACAUGGUGGAGCAGACAGCAGCCCAGCAGCCGCUUAGGCGUGAGUAUUUGCUGCGUGCCCACGAGGGCGUUCCGAGUCGUGACCAGCACAAAUGUCGCAUUUGGGUACCUGCGGAAACUGUGUCCAAAUAUCCGCUGGCCAGUCUCAUCCAGACAGACAUGUCCAACAAGCUGUCCUCGAUCGAGGUCUGCUGCACCGGAUACACGCCCACCCGCCUGAAGGGCGUCACCGUCUGCCGGCCCAUUUGCAGCUGCCAGAACGGGGGAUGCCGUGUGCCCGGCGAGUGCGAUUGCUAUGAGGGCUUUGUGCGCAAUGACAACGGCGACUGCGUCUUCGCGUGUCCCAUUGGCUGCCAGAACGGACGCUGCUAUCUGGACGGCAGCUGCCAGUGCGACAUGGGCUACAUGCUGGACGAGACCCGGCGCUUCUGCCGGCCCAUCUGCAGCAGCGGCUGCGGCAAUAACCCGCGUCACAAUUGCACCGAACCGGAGGUCUGCAGCUGCGCCAAGGGCUAUCAGUUGACCAAUGAAGGCUGCCAGCCCGUUUGUGACCCGGACUGCGGCAUCGGUGGCAUCUGCAGGGACAACAAUCAGUGCGACUGCGGUCCUGGCUACACGCUCAAGGAUGGCGUCUGCCAGAGCGAUUGCUAUCAAAAAUGCUACAACGGGAUUUGUGUGAGUCGCAAUCGUUGCAUCUGUGAUCCCGGCUUUACGUAUCACGAACAGUCCACGAUUUGUGUGCCCUUCUGAGAGUCAGCUUCAAGAACCUUACGAUCGCUUGCUUUAUUUGUAAUUGUUAUUAUAAAUAAAAUAUAAUUUCAUUAAAUUUAACAAA